UUAACAUUUCCCUCCGACCUUCGGCCCUGGCUGUGUAGAUCACUUUCUACGAGGAUAAAAACUUCCAGGGUCGCUCCUAUGAGUGCGACACGGACUGCCCCGAUGUGCACCCCCAUUUCAGCCGCUGCAACUCCAUCAAGGUAGAUAGCGGCUGCUGGGUGCUGUAUGAGAGGCCCAACUACGCAGGCUACCAGUAUGUACUGACCAGGGGAGAGUACCCAGAGUAUCAGCGCUGGAUGGGAUACAGCGACACCAUUCGCUCCUGCCGUACCUUUUCUUAUGCCAGCGGCAGUCCCUACCGCAUGAGAAUCUACGAGAGGCCAGACUUCCAGGGACAGAUGAUGGAGUUCGGCGAGGACUGUGACUCCGUCCAGGACCGCUUCCGUAGCCGUGACAUCUACUCCGCCAACGUCAUGGACGGCUACUGGACCCUCUACGAGCAUCCCAACUACAGGGGGCGCCAGUACUUUAUGAGACCCGGCGAGUACAGGAAGUUCAGCGAAUGGGGAGCCACCUGUGCCACCACCGGAUCCUUCCGUAGGAUCACCGACUUUUAGGCCCA